CAUAUCAAAACCUAUCUAUGCAGUAGAACACCGACCCACAUUCUGGACUAUCACUACUUCUGAUGGCUGAAGGCAUCACCGUCUCAUCAAGCGUGCCCCUUCCUAAGGGCUACGGAUUUCUUCCCAAGGGAUCGGUCUAUCGCACCAUCCACGGCCAGCGUCUGACACGUGAGGCCGGAGAAACCCUUUUUAUCGUGCUCCAUCCCAAGACGAAGCUUCGAAUCGGCAUUCGGAUCCCGAGUAGAAUCUUGCGUGAAGUACAGCGUCAAGAUGCAUUGACCAAAGCGGCGCGACUUGCUGCAACCCACAGGCGUGACGAGAAUAUCGAACGCCAGGCGCGCGACGUGUUGCGGAAGUUGUAUCCCAAGAUACCCAGCUCUGUCCUGGAGCAGUGCCUGCACCGUGCCUUCAAGAAACGAGCAGGUAGAAUCGGAAGAUGUGUUAGUCCACCCUAAUGUUCCCCCAAAAGCCCCAAGUAACCACCAACAGUUCACUGUCGAUAUGACGAAG